AUGGCUGAUAUAAAGCCUGAGGAGAUAAGUCAUUCACCAAUGGAUCAACUUCAAGGCUUAGAGUAUUGUAUAGAUUCAAAUCCAUCUUGGGUGGAGACAAUAGUUCUUGGUUUUCAGCAUUAUAUUCUGGCUUUAGGAACUGCAGUUAUGAUUCCUUCUUUUCUUGUGCCAUCCAUGGGUGGAAAUGAUGAUGAUAAAGUAAGGGUGGUACAAACUUUACUUUUUGUUGAAGGAAUUAAUACACUUGUGCAAACACUGUUUGGAACAAGAUUACCAACAGUUAUUGGUGGAUCAUAUGCAUUCAUGGUCCCCAUUGUAUCCAUUAUUCGUGACCCUUCUUUAUCAAUGAUAGAGGACCCACAAUUGAGAUUUCUUAGCACAAUGAGAGCAGUUCAAGGAGCAUUAAUUGUAGCAUCAAGUAUACAGAUUAUUUUGGGGUUUAGUCAAAUUUGGGCUAUUUGUUCUAGAUUCUUCAGCCCACUUGGAAUGGUUCCAGUAAUUACAUUAGUUGGUUUUGGAUUAUUUGACAGAGGCUUUCCUGUGGUGGGGACUUGUGUUGAAAUUGGAAUUCCUAUGCUAAUCUUGUUUAUAAUCUUCUCCCAGUACUUGAAAAACUUUCAGACAAGACAUGUACCGAUAAUAGAGCGAUUUGCGCUGCUCAUAUCGACCACGGUGAUAUGGGCAUACGCACAUCUAUUGACAGCGAGUGGAGCAUACAAACACCGACCGGAUUUAACGCAACAUAACUGCAGGACGGAUAGGGCUAAUCUCAUUUCUUCUGCUCCUUGGAUAAAAAUUCCAUACCCUCUUGAGUGGGGUGCUCCUACAUUUGAUGCUGGGCAUUCUUUUGGAAUGAUGGCGGCUGUUUUAGUCUCAUUAAUCGAGUCAACUGGAGCAUUCAAGGCAGCAUCGCGUCUAGCGAGUGCCACACCACCUCCUGCUCAUGUCCUGAGCCGCGGUAUUGGUUGGCAGGGAAUUGGAAUCUUGUUGAACGGUCUUUUCGGAACACUGACUGGUUCAACGGUUUCUGUAGAGAAUGUAGGACUUCUAGGAAGCAACCGUAUCGGAAGUAGAAGAGUCAUUCAAGUUUCUGCUGGCUUUAUGAUAUUCUUCUCAAUGUUAGGUAAAUUCGGAGCUUUAUUUGCAUCAAUACCAUUCCCUAUUUUUGCUGCUAUAUACUGCGUUUUGUUUGGUCUUGUUGCUUCUGUCGGCCUAUCGUUUUUGCAAUUCACCAACAUGAAUUCAAUGAGGAACCUAUUUAUCGUCGGUGUAUCUCUUUUCUUAGGCCUGUCUAUUCCUGAAUAUUUCAGAGAAUUCACUAUCAGAGCCCUUCAUGGUCCUGCUCAUACCAAAGCUGGAUGGUUCAAUGACUUUCUGAAUACAAUCUUCUAUUCUUCGCCAACGGUUGCAUUAAUAAUUGCGGUAUUCUUGGACAACACUCUUGACUAUAAGGACAGUGCGAAAGAUAGAGGAAUGCCAUGGUGGGCGAAGUUUAGAACAUUUAAAGCAGACAGUAGGAAUGAAGAGUUUUACUCCCUUCCCUUCAAUCUCAACCGUUUCUUCCCUCCUUCAUAA